AUGCCUCGCAUUCCUAUCCGGAUCGAGCCAUAUAGCUCACCGUCUAAGCAGCACAGACAUUACAAAAGCAAGCGGGAUCAAGUCUUGCGUGCGCUUGGGAAGGCCGCUUACAUCAAUGGUAGUCAAUUUGCACUUCUUCUCGUAUCCGCACGCGGCGACGUGGAAACGUACGCGAGCGAGGCACUUCAAAAUCGCCUUGAUCCCUGGUUUGUAAAAAGCGGCAUUGCCGACGAAGCGCGCCAUCUCGCCAAGAAGAGCCACGAAGAGACACGCACCACUAUCUCGCCUUCAAUCAAUGCUGAUGACGUUCUGGGAGAUAAUCUCGAAGACAUAGUGGCGCCUGCUUCGGCCUCGUCGACCCGAGUCUCCGAUGACCCAUUUCUUGAUUCUUGGUGCACUCUUCCGAUGGACGCGUCUCAAGCACGCCAAAGCAAUGAUGACUGGCAACUGAGAGUAAAGCGCGAAGCUGCUGCAGAGGAGAUUCCUGGCACUAUGGACCAGAUGUCUGAAACCAGCAGCCCACAUCCCAAAGUGCCCCGUACGUCUACGCCAGUUCAUGCUUCGGUGUUUCGUCGCGUGCCACAGCCUGCUAUCAUGCGUCCUAACACGAAUGGUGCACAUGUAGCGUAUACGCUGGAGCUGAAAGACGAGGAAGCGCGCACUGCAUUUUUUGAACUACGCUUCAGCCAGCUCCAGCAAGUCAUGUGCAAAAUGAUCGCGAAAGAAUGGGUCAAAGUUAUCGAGCCCAAAAAGCAGACGAGAUUUCCCUACAACAAAGGCGAGGCUGGUAAACCUUCAUGGUGGCCUGCUGAUGUGCGACACAAAGAACCAGACCAUCUUAUGAAACCAGAGAGACACGCUCUUUUGCUUGCGAUCCUUCGAUCUCCACAGACACGCAUCGCGCGCUUACAGCUCGCAACGGCGGAGGUCGUCGCGUUAAUCAAGGCAGGGAAGGUGGCGUAUUUGAUGGAUGUGUAUCGCGUCGCGCGUGAAGAGGAAAAGCUACGCGACGACGGCAUGGACAAAAAUACGCCUAUUACUGUGAGCGUGUCUUCUCUGGAGGGAUGGGAUGCGGCGGCUGGAUGUCCUUCGGCGCUGGGCAUGAAUUCCUCCGCCGAUACUAGUGACUAUGAGUCAAAAGAAGUUAAGGGAAAGCGGCGUCUUUCGUCUCGCUGGGAUGAUGACGAGCACUCUGAGCCGAAUACAUCGGUUUCUUGGACGCCCACGAUGAAUGAUGUAUAUUCGCCACAAUCGCAUCCGCUCGUUUCUACUGUACCACCGCCGUCUCGUGUGCCAUUUUCAGGCGGUCAUUCUGGAUUAGGUAUCCACACCGCCGAUCUGCCAUCUAAAGGACGUACGCCAGGCAGUACGCCGGAGGUUUCGAUGCUAUCACCGUCAUUAUCGACUGAGACCCCGGCACAAGGCCCAACACUCAACAUGGGCGCGUCAGUGCCGGUUCCUCUUGUACAGAGUCCAGUCACUACUUCGCAGCCGUUGCCUAUACAAUCGUAUGGCGCGCAUGGCACUGACCUGCCUCGCUCUUCCUCCAUAUCGCAUUCUGUUACAUCCGUACCCAUGCGGCCGACGCAUUCUUCUCCUGCGCAUUUCAACCAGCAACAGCCCGAGGGCUUGAACUCAAGACCCUCGCAAUCGAGUAUUCCAUCCAUUCACUUCGAGCAACAUACGAAUCACGGGAACGGCUCUUUGGAUCCACAUGCUCAGCGGGUGCCAUGGAGUGUACAUACACCAGUAACUCCUUAUCAGCGGUCGCAAGUCAUGUCAUGGAGUAUGCCUGAGACCCCUGCGCAUUGGUCCAGUUCUGUGGUACCUAUGGCGUUUGGAAUGAACGCCUCUCCCUCUCAUGACGUUUACUUUUCCAACUCAUUCGACUCGAGUUUGUCGGCAUCAAAUCAUGGCCCGAUGACACCAGGUCAAUUUGCUUCCAUGCCAAUUAAUGGCGUUGUUGGCUCGUCGAACCCUGGCGUGUCAACCAGUGGGCAGCAUCCUAUGUCAUUCCAGGAGCUUGGUCUGUCUCAUGUACAAUCUACACAAGUCCAGCCCAUGCAAGCUAAGCAAGGCGCUGUCCAAAAUGAUAUCCGAUUGCAUUCGAUGGCGCACUGGCCCACGCGCUAG